GAGCUCGUAUUACGGUCUCGGGGGCCGGGACGACGAGCUUGGGAGUCCGGUGCUCCUGCUGGAGGAGCGCGGCAGGAGCAUGUCCCAAGGGGCGGGCCAGCAUCGCUCGCGGAGCGCCUCCCGGCCGGGGAUGCCAGGGCCGAGGUACGCGAGCCUCGACCGGGCCUCGGUCGGGCUACUCGACCACGAGCGCGAGUUCGUCCCAAUCAGAGAGCCCCUCGGCCGGGCGGCGCGCUAUCUCGAGGACGAGCUCUAUGGGCCCCCGUUGCGCUCCAGCUCUCAGAGGCAGAGCCCGAAUCCGCACCUGAUGCGCGACGGGACCGGUUACAUAGGCGAGCUCCAGCACCAGAACAACGACCUGCAGCGCGAGCUCGGCAACCUCAAGAAGGAGCUCGAGCUGACGAACCAGAAGCUCGGCAGCUCCAUGCACAGCAUCAAGACCUUCUGGAGCCCGGAACUUAAGAAGGAACGGGCACUCCGCAAGGAGGAGAGCAAUAAGUACAACCUCAUCAACGAGCAACUCAAGCUCCUCAACUCGGAGAACCAGGAGUUGGAAUUGCGAAUAGAAACACAGAAACAGACUUUGCAAGCCCGAGAUGAAAGUAUUAAAAAACUCCUUGAAAUGCUUCAAAACAAAGGAAUGGGCAAAGAAGAAGAGCGCAUUAUGUUCCAACAAAUGCAGUCCAUGGCCCAGAAACAGCUCGACGAGCUCAGGACGGAGGUACAACGACGCGAUCAGGAGCUACUCGGCAUGUCCGCUAAAAUGAAAACGCUCGAAGAGCAGCACCACGAUUACCAGCGACACAUUGCCGUUCUCAAAGAGUCGCUCUGCGCUAAGGAGGAACACUACAAUAUGCUUCAAGCCGAUGUCGAGGAAAUGCGACAAAGGAUGGAAGAAAAAAAUAGACUCAUUGAGAAAAAAACUCAAGCUGCUUUGCAAGCACAACAAGAGCGCAAUCGUUUUAAUACAGAGCUUACGGAGAUCAAAGAUCAUAUGGACAUAAAAGAUCGUAAAAUCAACGUCCUUCAGCGAAAAAUCGAGAACCUGGAAGACCUGCUGAAAGAGAAGGACAACCAGGUUGACAUGGCGCGAGCCAGAUUAACGGCGAUGCAGGCCCACCACUGCAGCAGCGAGGGCGCCCUGAGCAGCCUCGAGGAGGCCAUCGGCGACAAGGAGAAGCAAAUGGCGCAACUGCGGGAGCAACGCGACCGGGCCGAGCAAGACAAGCAGGAGGAACGCGAUUUGCACGAGCGCGAGAUCGCCGAGUACAAGAUGAAGAUGCACACCCUCGAGUCGGAGGUGGAGAAGCUGAGCGCCAGGGUGGAGAGGGCUCAGGCUGAAAAGGAUCGUCUGGAGACGAAGCUCGAGUCCUCGCAGUCGGAGCUGGGCAAGAGCAAAGCCGAGCUGGACAAAGCGGCCUCGGAGGUCGGACGUAGCGGAGCCGACUGGGAAGCCGCGAAGCAGCGGCUGACGCGCCUCGAGCUCGACAACGAGAGGCUGCGUCACGAGGUCGAGCGCUCGCAGAGUUCGUUCGGGCGGACAUCCUUGAACUCCACCCAGGAGAUGGACAGAAUCCAUGAGCGCGCGGAGAAGUCAAACUCGGAGCUGAGGAGAGCCCAGGCCGAGCUCAGGGUUACCCAGGCUGACAACGAGCGCGCGAGGACCGAGGUCACCGCCCUCCAGGAAAAGGUUGAGAAGAGCCAGGGCGAGGUGUACCGGCUGAAGGUACGACUAGAGAACGCCCAGAGCGAGCAAGAGAGCCUCCGCGAGGAGUACGACCGGGCCCAGGCCGCAGUGGCGCGGCUGCACUCUGAGAGAGACAAGGCCGUCGGGGAGUUGGAAAAGUGCCAGGAGGAGCUCGAGCGGACCCAGGCGACCCUCGGCAAAGCUCAGCUCCAGCAGGACAAGCUCCAGAACAUGCUAGACAAGACGCAGACGGAGCUCGACAAGCUGCAAGAGCGACUCGACAAGUCACAGGUCGAGACGAGGCGGAUGCAAAUGGAAAAGGAAAAGCAAAAUUAUGACUUUGAGAAUCUGCAGAGCCAGUUGGACAAGUCGCAUGGGCAAAUCACAAGGAUGCAGAAAGAACGAGAGACCGUUCAAUUGGACAUUGAUCGUCUCGAGGACAAAUAUGAAAAAGCUCAAACCAUCAUGCAACGGCUACAAAAGGAACGAGACAGUUUCCACGAAGAGAUGGAAAAACUGCAAGAAAGAUCGGAAUUCCAACAGAACCAAAUAGCAAAGUUCCAAAGGGAGAAGGAGAAUGUACUUUCAGAGUUAGAAAUGAUUAAAGAUCGCUGGGAGAAAGCUCACAAUGCUCAGCAAAAAUUAAGCCUCGAGAGGGACGAUGCACUAACGGAAGUGGACAUUCUCAAAGAGAAAUUAGACAAGGCGCAGUACACGUUGAACAAGACGCAAGAAGAUAAAGAAUGCGCGACCAAGGAGAUGGACAAGAUGCUGGAGAAAUAUGACAGAGUCCAAAGCGAGGUGUACCGGCUGCAGAAUAAGAUCGAGGUGCUGGAGGCCGACAAGGACCGUUUCGAGCUCGAGGCCGAGAAGCAACAGAUGCUGGGCACAAAGAGCCGAGAGGAGGCGCGCAAGUCCCAGGAGGAGCUGUCGCGCAUACAGGAGAUGUACGAGCGGAUAGCCCUUCAGCUGAGCCGUACGAAGGAGCACGAGGAGAAGUCGAAGGACGAGCUCGACAGGCUGACCGUCGACCUGGACAUGGCGCGCGAGCGCUUCGACAAGAACCAGAUCGAGAUGCGCCGGCUGCAGAGCGAGCGUGAGAAGCUACUCGGGGAUAACGAGCGGCUGAGUUUCGAGCUCGAGCGGGCCCAGUCGCAGCUUAACAAGGCCCAGGCAGCGACGGACAAGAGCCAGGAGGAGCUGGGCCGCAUGCAGCUCGAGCUCGAGAAGAUGUACGAGAAGCACGACAGGCAGCAGGCCGAGAUGCGCAAGGCUCAGACAGAGGCAGAGAGGCUGCGCCAGGACGCGGAGAACGCGCGCGAGGAGGGAGAGAGAUACGUAACGAGGUUCGGCAAGUACCAGGAGAGCCAGGAGCGUCAGAAGGAGGAGCACGAGCGUCUGAAGCUGGACUGCGAGCGUCUGCGGGACCGUCUGGAGAAGACGCAGUCGGAGCUGGAGAGAGCAAGGCGCACCGAGCGAGACUUCGAGUCGCGGUCCGAGGGCGCACGGGGCAAGUACCAGCUGGAGCAGGAACUUGAGAGGACGCGCGAGCGCCUCGAUAACCGGGAGUUGGAGCUGAAACGCAGCCAGGCGCAAGUCCAGGAGCUCGAGCAACGCCACCACGAGAUGCAGGUCCAGUAUGAGCGGAUGCGCGAGGAUGCCGGUAAAGUGCAAGCGAUCCAAGAACGCGCGCGGGUCGAGCAGGACAGACUGCGCAUCGAGGCCGAGAAGAUGAAGGAUCGCUACGAGAAGCUCAAGGCCAAGGCGGACGCGCUCGAGGCCGACAACGAAAAGCUGCGCGUCGAGAUCAUCAGGCUCGAGCGACUCAUGCAGACGGAGGGCAAGACCAGAUCGGAAAGCGCCAGCAUCGAAGUGGAAAGAUUACGAGCGAGUUUGGAUAAGGCCAUCACGGCGCGAGACCAGGUGGAGCUCGAGGCUGGCAGAUUGGCCAAGGAGCUCGAAAAGAGUCAGCUCCUGAUGAGCAAGAACGCCGAGGUAAUGGAGGCGAAUAAAAAGGAGCACGAGCGAUUACUCACUGAAGCGUCGCUUCUACGUGAGGAGCGGGACGCUGUUAGAAAGGAGUUGCGUCGCGCUCAGCAGCACCAGCAGAUGCAGGGCAGCGAGGAGAUCGUGCGACUUCAGCAUGAGUUUCAGAUCGCGCAGCGAGAUCGCGACAAGUUGGCAGCGAUCCUCGAAAAUCGCGAGAAGCACGCGGACAAGAUCGAGAAGGCGAGGGAAAAGCUGGAGGCCGAGGCGAAGCAGCUGCAAGUCGAGCGCGACCAGCUGGUCAUUCAAUUGGAAAAGUCUCAGGAUAUGCUGAUGAACUUCCAGCAGGAGCUGAACGCGAGCGAGAACGAGAGCGAGAAGCAGCGUGAGGAACUCCGACGUAUGCAGCAGAUUCAGCAGCAGCAGCAGCAGCAGCAGCAGCGCGCCCAACAAGCCCCGGAAUCUGUAGCGGAAGUGCAUCGGCUCACCCAACAAAUUCAGGCGCUCACGCAGAAUCUCACGAAAGAGCGGCAACGUUCCGAGCUGGCGGAGAAACGUCUGCAGGAGCUUUCGGCGCAACAGCAUCAACAGCAGCAGCAGCAGCAGCAGCAGCAGCAGCAGCAACAGCAGCCCCAGCUUGAGCAAUGGCACAAGCAGAUGGAGAUGGAGAAGCAACGGGCCGAUACGGCUGAGAAGCGCAUACAGGCGGCCGAGCGACAGCUACACGCCUAUCAGCAGCAGAUUCAACAGAUGCAACAGCAGCAGCAACAACAGCAACAGCAACAGCAACAGCAACAGCAACAGCAAGGACAGCAGCAGCUGCAGCAGGGACAGAACGCUGCCGAGGCGGCAAGAUUACGAAAGGAACUCGAGAAGUCGAGGGAGGAGGUGAAACAAGCCCUCGUCGAGCGGGAACGAUUCCAAGCCCAGAUCGAGAUGCUCUGCCAGGAACUCCAACAGAAUCAGGUGGCGCUUCACGAGGCGAACAACAAGUUACAGUCUGGUACCGGCAAAGGUGGUGCGGACGCUGGUCAAGAGCGUAACAAGCAAUUGGACGAGCAAAGACGGCAGUUAGAACAGCAUAAACAGCAGAUCGAUGAAAAGGCAAAGCAUAUCGAGGCGAAGGAGAGAUCUCUGCAAAAUAUGGAUCAGGAGCUUAGAAAGCAGAAGGCAAAAUUGGACCACUACGAACAGCAAUUACAGAAGAGCGGAUCUUCGCCCGACAAAAGAGUCAUUGAAUUGCAAAGGACGCUCGAUGCCGCUGAGAAAGAACUCGAGAAGGCAAAGGAAGAGGCUAAACGAAGCACUCAGGAGACGGAGAGAUUAUUGCAGCUGGUACAAAUGUCACAGGAAGAGCAAAAUUCGAAAGAAAAGCAAAUACGAGAUCUCCAAGAAGCACUAAAAGCCGCACAAGCAAAAAUAAAAGCUACAGCAGCACAGCAACAAGAGGCAGGCCCAGCUGGUUUCUUAAAAAGCUUCUUCUAAGCUCGUCUCUCGUUGGAGAUGAUUUAUCCCUUAUCUUCUUAUUACAAUUUACAUUUUUGAAAAUUCGAGAGCAUUGGACGUGGCCAAAUAUAGACAGGAGCUGAGCUCAAAAGUCAAAUAUAAAACAAGACUACCUAAGAUUAGAUUUAAAUAAUAUAUAAUUGUCGAAUAUAACGAAUUAGUUCUUCGAUUGAGAAGCUUAUGAUACAUAUAAUUUUUAUUCGGCGAAGAGUAUGGACCACUUUGUUUAGAUAGAUUGGGAAGAAAAUGAAUACAGUGAUGUGUGGAUUAUGCAAUAAGAAAUUAUUGUAGAACGUUGAGAAAUACGUAAAUGGUUGGGCAACAAGGCUAGAUGACAUAAUCAUAAUCCGUGAAAUAAAUGGUAAUGGAAGAAAGAAAGCAGCGACAAACAUUUUUCUACUGCUUAGUUAUCUCAGUUUUCAUACGCUCGUGUCUUUUCCCUUUUUAUUAUUUAU